AUGUACGGCUGGAUGCCUCCACAUUGCCAGUACUCCGAAGUGACCGACAACUACUCCUUCAGCAAAUGGAUCUGGUAUGCCGACGAAAACAUGACCAAGCCCUUGACAGAGGAAGACCUGUGGCAGGGAAAGGAGCUUGAGAUCUGGACUGCACAGGCAGGCUACCACACCGAGCACUGUCUGUUCCUGUGGGAGAAAUCAGCAUAUGCCCAGAAAAGACGAUUGCCUUGGUUGGAUCGGAAGUCGUUGAGCUUUGAUCAUGCGCAGCACUGUAUUGAGCAGCUAAAGGACUUGGGCGAAGGCAUAAAUCCGGUGACGAUGGCGACUUUGGGAAUCUAUGAGUGUGAUCCAACGCCGUGGAGGGAGUGA